ACAUGACACACCUCCUGUCCUGCAGUAAACAACAAAGCGGCUGCUAAAAAGACUCAAUCGACCCCGAUUACAACUGUAGUCAUUUGAUCAGGUUGAACCUUUCUUGAAGAACAACGUGGUCGCCUGCCUGUGAAGCCAGCGCAGGCAGUCUCACACAACCUCUGUGUCCUGUAAGAACUGCUUGCAUCCGACGAAACGGCUGGAGACUGCAGAACUUCAGGGAUGAAGCCACUCGCUAUUCUUCUUGUGCUUCUCACCAUAAUGAGUCAUCUCCCCACUGUUGUCAGGACGUUGGGUAUAAUCCAGCACAGCGGGGUCAUAAGGGUUGAUGUUGGUCAGAAUGUGACUUUACGAUGCUCUUCUGAAAACGAUGGAAUAACUUUUGUUUCCUGGUACCAGCAAAGCUUGGGAGGCAAACCGACUAUCAUUUCAACACGUAUGAAGCACAGUGCACAAGCCAAUAUAUAUCCUGCCUAUAAAGAGAGGUUUCAAGUCCUGGCAGGAGUACAAGACAACACCAACAACCUCAUCAUCAGAGAUGUUCGUCUGUCGGAUUCAGCGACUUAUUACUGUGUGAUGUUAGAAUUUACUGCCAUUGAAUUUGGAAAAGGAGUUUUCCUUCAUGUCAAAACAUCACUGUCCAAGACCCAGACGGUUGUUCAGCAGCCAGCAGUGGUGGCACAUCGGACGGGAGAAGCCGUGAGAUUGAACUGUUCGGUACAUACUGAACAAUGUGAGGGAGAUGAGGGUCUCUACUGGUUCAGAUACGGUGGCUCUCAGCCUGCAAUCAUGCAUCCUAGUGAAGAACGGUGCACAAGCCUCACAGAGGAACAGCCUCAACGCAAAAGUUGCAACGCAACCCUGGCAAUAAAGUCGGUGAGUUCCACGGACUCUGGGACGUACUACUGCGCUCUGGCUUCCUGUGGGGAGAUUGUGUUUGGACCUGGGACGAGGCUGGAGAUCGUAGGUGGUUCAACCAGACUCCCAGUGAUGUAUGGUCUGAGUGCAGCAUUGGCAGUUACCAUCAUCGUGCUUCUCUCGUUGAUGUUCGUUGUGCACAAGCUGAGGAGAAAGUUGUGCUCUGUCUGCAAAGGGUCUGGUUCUCAAGUGAGAUCUGUUGCAGCCUCUGAUGCUUUGAGCCAUGAUGAAGAUUCUCUCCAUUACGCUGCUUUGAGGGUGAACAGAAACAGUGAACGGCAUCUUCAAGAGAACAGCCCAGACAGUGCUUGUGUUUACUCCAGAGUGAAGAGCAGAAGGGCUGAGGUCUAGGACACAUGCAGCUGCUUUAGUCACAAAUCUGUAGUUCUUGCCAAGAAAUCACUAAAUGUUCCAUGUAAAGCAAAUGUGGAAGGAAAUAAAUGUUUUUUCUUCUUCCUGUAUUGGAGGUAAAUAUAUUUGCAAUAAAGUAAACA